AUGGACCAGGUCCCGAUCAUUACAUGGACUCAGAAACUGGUCUUGUACGAAACGAAAUCGCGCUACUAUGUUGUGGGCUCCAACAAAUCUGAGAGCCGUUUCCGAGUGUUGAAGAUUGACAGGACAGAACCUAAAGAGCUUCAUAUUCAUGAUGACAAGAUUGAGUACAGCCGCAGUGAGAUUCACAGUGUCCUGUCCAUGGUGGAUGGAGGCAAUACCUUCAAGAAGCAAAGUAACAAUUCCAGUGGCUUGUCCAAAAACAUCUCAGCAUUUGGUAUUGCAGGUUUUGUUCGCUUCCUGGAGGGAUACUACAUGAUUCUGAUCACAAAAAGAAAGAAAGCGGCAAUGAUUGGUCCACACACAAUUUACAAGAUUGAAGACACAUCCAUGGUGUACAUCCCCAAUGAUACAGUGCGCUACGUACACCCAGAUGAGAGCAGAUAUGUGAAGAUAUUCCAGAACUUUGACCUGUCCAGCAAUUUCUAUUUUAGCUACAGCUAUGACCUCACUCACACAUGUUUGUUUGUCUCACAGCUACAGCUACGACCUCACUCACACAUGUUUGUUUGUCUCACAUCUACAGCUGUGACUGCACUCACACAUGUUUGUUUGUCUCACAUCUGCAGCUAUGACCUCACUCACACAUACACUACAGUGUUUGGUGUCAAGAAUGCACCCUGCAGAAAGUUUGUCUGGAACAACCACCUGCUCAGAGGAUUUGAAAGUCAUGUCCACUCUGACUGGGUUCUAUACAUCAUCCAUGGAUUUAUUGGCCAGAGCAAUGUCUGUGUCUUUGGCAAGUCUGUAUACUUGACUCUGAUUGGACGUCGAUCCAAUCAGUUUGCUGGCACAAGGUUUCUCAAACGAGGUGUCAACCUGGAGGGUUACGUGGCCAAUGAAAUAGAGACAGAGCAGAUUGUACAAGAUACAUCCGUCACAUUCUUGGACCGUGGGAAAGUCUCAUCAUUUGUUCAGCUGAGGGGCUCUGUGCCUUUAUUCUGGUCACAGGAUACUUCCAAAAUCGUUCCCAAGCCAACUAUUUCAUUGGAUCAAAGGGACCCCUACUCUAGUGCUGCUGGAAUGCACUUUAACCAGCUCUUGUGCAGAUAUGGCACCCCUAUCAUCAUUCUCAACCUAGUCAAGACAAAAGAAAACAAACAGCAUGAGAGCAUUUUGAGCAAUGACUACAUCAGCACCAUUGAAUACCUCAACCAGUUCCUGCCAGCCCAGCACAAGAUACAGUAUCUCGGCUUUGACAUGGCCCGGGUCAACAAACGGAAGGAUGCUGAUGUCAUGCUGAGACUCAACAGAAUUGCUAAAUACUGCAUUAAACAGACUGGCUAUUUUCUCAAUGUCCAACCCUCACAGGCUCAGUAUCUGCUCAAGGACAGCCAGCUGCAGUCACUGAAGGGAGUCUGGGGUCCUACCGGCUGUCGACAGGCUGGUGUGGUCAGGACAAACUGUGUUGACUGCCUGGACAGGACCAACACUGCACAGUUUGCUCUAGGGCGGUGUGCUCUUGCCUACCAGCUAUAUGCCAUGGGAGUCCUUGAAAAUCCUCACCUAGACUUUGAUACAGAUUGUAUGAAGAUGCUGGAGGAGCUGUAUGAAGACCAUGGUGACACAGUGGCUCUACAGUACGGGGGCAGUCAGCUAGUACAUCGCAUUAAGGGCUACAGAAAAAUAGCACCAUGGACCUCACACAGCAGGGACAUCAUGCAGACUCUGUCACGCUACUACAGCAACGCUUUCUCAGAUGUGGAGAAGCAGCAGGCAUUCAACUUGUUUCUGGGAGUGUUUCUACCUGUGGAAGGUCAGCCUAAUCUCUGGGACCUGCCAACAGACUAUUAUCUUCACAAUAAGGCAUCCCUUGGGAUUCGAACACCCAGGAAUCACUACUGUCAGUGGUGGGACCAGGAUGUCUGGACCAGCUUGCCCCUGCCCAAUGAAGAAGUGAACAAGUGCCAGCUAAAUCAUGCUGCAGUACUGAUGGCCCCACAGGCUGACGAACAUGUUAACCCAUUCUAUGACCACUACCGACCAGAAGAACUGACCUUGUUUGACCAACUAUACCAGAUGUACCUGUCCCAGGUGUGCUGGAAACACAUGCCCAAAAAUGCCACAGACCUAAGUCCCUUCUGUGUCCGUCACUCCACAGAUACAGAACG